UCGGUGGGUGGCAGCCCCUGGGAAAAUGGCGGCGUCGACUGGCCGCUGGUUUGGCUUCGGGUUUAAUCAGUUCGGGCAGGUCGCCAACCAGGGGGACGGGAAGGUCCUGGAGCCCGUCACGGUGACCGUGCACAGCCCGGGGAAAGCCGGACAGUGGCCGGCGGACGGAUCCUCCCUGAGGAAGAUGAGCCCAGCCUGGAGUUACACUGCCUGCCUGCGAGAUGAUGGAUCUACUUAUUUGUUCGGCUUUGUUGAUGGUCGCCCUUGGCGGCAGAUGUGCAUUAAUAACCAAGCCCAUCAGGAUUGCACGGACAUCCUGUCCUCUGAGAAGUACUUGUUAAUGUUAUGGCAGGAUCGAGUGGAAUGCAGAGAUAUCCAGAAGCUUUGUACUGGAGAGGUCACGGGUGACUUGACUUGGACGAGGCAGCUGAAGGACGGGGAAAAGCAAUGUACAGCACUUCCACUGAUCCCUGGUGGGUAUGUCACAACAACACCUCCAUUUUACAAACCAUUGUCACCACAACUUUGUGCGAGAAAGCUGGCACUUGGCAGUGAGCAUGCUGUCCUCCUGAGCUGUGAUUUGACAGUGUAUUCCUGGGGCUCAGGACGGCAUGGUCAGUUGGGACAUGGUGGUGUUGAGGAUGAAGCAGAACCACGUAUUGUGGAGGCAUUACAUGGGCUGGCUAUGGCUGAAGUAGCAGCUGGAGGCUGGCAUUCUGUGAGUUCAAGUGCAUCAGGAGAUUUGUAUGUGUGGGGAUGGAAUGAGUCUGGGCAGUUGGGCCUUCCUGCGAAGUCAUGCUCUGAGGAGAAGCAGCAGAAGACCUCUUGGCAGAAGGGGCUCUCAGGACAGGACACGCCGUCCUUGAGUGAUGCAAACAACGGGGUUAUAAAAUCUGCAAAUAAGAAAGCAGAUGGGGAUGAUUCUAACGUCUUCAUCUCAAUUCAAGCAUUUCCUGCACUGCUGGAUUUACCAGAGGAGUCAGAGGUCAGCAAAGUCAGCUGUGGGUCACGACAUAGUGCGGUCAUCACCAGGGAAGGGAACCUCUUCACCUGGGGCUGGGGUAACUAUGGGCAGCUUGGCCAUGGACAGACUAAUAGUUCUGAUCUUCCAAGACUUGUUGAGUACUUUGUACAAAACCGUCUUUCUGUUCUCGAUGUUGUUUGUGGAACAUGGAACACUUUUGUGUUUGCACAACAGGAAGAAUUCUGAACCUUCAAUGAUUUUGUUCUGUCAGUCACUGAAAUACAAUUGGGAUCAUGUCAAAAUUCAGCACAGUGGUGCAGUGAGUAAUCAAGCAUUGAACUAUAUUAACUCUCGAUUGUCAAUUGUUGUUAAGUUACUCAUGGUAGUAAUUGGCAUUCCUGUGGGUUAGGAAUGGGACAAAAUGGACUGGUCUUUGUUGCUAAUUUGUCCAGUGAACUGCAUUUGGUGAGCUGGACUGUGGUGCUUCUGUGAUAAAAUUAGUCUGUGGACAAUUUUAGUCUUGACCUUUGAGAAGAGUACUAACAAUGGAUAAAGUAUUGGAAGAGCAAAAGUGCUCACAUGCCUUCAGGAAGAGAAAGUCUCGCUGAAGCUAAAACAUUGGAAUCAGAACAACCAGUGACAUGAGAAGGAAGCAGCUGCUAGACAGCAGAAGAAACCGGAGCACCUGGAGGAAACCCACACAGACACGGGGAGAAUGUGCAAACUCCACACAGACAGUCACCUGAGGUGGGAAUCAAAUCAGGGUUCCUGGCACUGAGGCAGCAGUGCUAACCACUGAACCACCACCGUACUCUUCUUCACUAUCACUCCAACCUGCUUCAUCUCCAUCUUGAGAAAAACUUAUUUAUCACUUUGUCUUUAGCUGCUUCCUCUAGCACUUUCCUAGUUUGCAAACAUUGUUUGUAAUCUGUUAAAUGUGUAA